CCACACCGCGCUCCUUGCCCGCCCAGAGAGUCGGUAGACACUCUCGUGCUUUGCUUUCACGUCAAAUCCCGCACGAUAACGGCCGCGACGCGCCACGCGAACGACAUUGAUCGAUACAGCUGGGCAGCGCAUGGACGAGGGCGACAGUAUGAAAUCCGGCAUCAGCCGUUAAGGAUACGCUCACACCUCGUCACCCACCGCAGCAGGCCACACUGUUAGCACGCGAAUUUCGAGCUGCAGCCACCGCACACCACGGCGACGGCGUCGCAUACACCGCCCGUGCUGGCUGCGUGCCACCGAGCCGCCCAUUCUCCCAACUACAUACACUCGCUUGAUUCUACGGCCCGCCGAGCAUGGGCUUGCUGCGACCGGCCACGCCUCUGAGCGUGAUCUUCUUGGUCGCAUUCGUGCUUAUGCUCCUGAGCACCUUGUCGACUCCCGUAAUCGAAGGCAUACCGCUCGGCAGUUAUCAGGACUACAACUUCGGAGUAUUGGGAUACUGUAAAGGCAGUACAUGUGUCGGCCCGCGCAUAGGAUACAGCACAGCAGAUGGUCUGUUCUCAGGCCCAGACCAGGCCGAUGACUUCUCGCUACCCUCCUCCGCACGACAUAGCCUGUCCUCCAUCCUUAUCGUUCAUCCCAUAGCCGCACUGCUAUGCUUAAUAUGCUUCGCCCUCGCUGUCGCAGCACACUUCCAUGGCCCGAGCCAUUCGCCCCGAUACCUCCUCGCCCUAUUGAUCCUCACCUUUCCCACCCUUCUCAUCACCCUGCUGGCCUUCCUCGUCGACAUCCUUUUGUUCGUGCCGCACAUGCAAUGGGGUGGCUGGAUCGUGCUUGGCGCUACCAUUCUCAUCAUUGGCAGCAGCAUAGUCACCUGUGCCAUGCGGAGAACACUUGUCAGCCGGAAAGCACGCAAGAAACGCAUAGCUGAAAACGCAGAUAUGAAUGGACAGAACUACUACGACAACUUGGCACAACAGCGCAUGAAUGAUGAUAUGGACAAGGCCGAUUCGCUUCCAAAAGCCGAAUCGCCUCCUCCAAUGACCGGGAGCAUUGCAACCGAAAAGGGUGGUAAUUUUGCAACUUUUGAGAUGAAAAGGCACGACACACAUGACAGUGACAGCACACCGCUGAACCCUGGCGCCCCCAGCAUUCGAAGCGCGAGCUCAAACGGCGGAAGACGACCUUACGAUAAUGAGCCCAUGCCACCAAUGCCACACCGCCCGAGCCAGGAAAGUAAUGACAUGUACAGACGACCGAGUCGCGAUCAAUAUGGCAACCCAAUUCCUCCCGGAGCAGACAUCGGAGCCGCGGGCAUGGCGGCUGCAGGUCUCAGACACCAAGGUUCUCAGGGAUCAUUGCGUCAACGAUCUAAUGGCUCAAAUGCAUAUGGACCGAACGCUUUCCCUCCAAAUGGUUAUGCGCGUGGACGAGGUGGAUAUGGCCCGCCUCCACGAGGCUACGGUCCGCCACGCGGUGCCUACCCUCCUCCAAGAGGCGGCGGCUUUGGACCCAGAGGCGGCAGAGUAGGCUACGGUCCACCACCUCCAGGAUUUAAUGGCCGUGGUCGAGGACGAGGCUAUGGUCCACCGCCAGGAAUGAUGCGAGGUGGAAUGCCAAUGCACCCUGCUCAACGUCCGAUGCCUCCUCCUGGAUACGACAUUGAUCCUUACUACAGUUCUGAGCGCGCAGGCUCGCCAUACGUUGAAGUGCCACAAGCACCUCGGAUGGAUGAUCAAUUCGUAGCAGGGCCAGCAAUGCCUAUUGGACAGGCAAUUGAGAUGGACGAGCGUAGUGGCACCCGAAGCCCAGCACGAGCCUAUGGUGAGAAUGAGUAUGGUUUGAGAGACAGUGACGGUGAUGUCGCAGGCAUGAUCAAUCUGCAGCUCGGUGAGCAAGGUCAAGCACAUCAGCCGCCAAGCCCGUUGAGGGAGAGCAAUGGCGUAGAGAAUGGCCAGGCCUUGGUCUCGCCAUCAAGCACGUACUCUGACCAAUCCUACCAUCCAGCCCGGCAACAAUGGCAGCAGCCUUCACCUUUAGCGCAAUCAGUAGGACAAACAGUCCCCGGCAUGUCGCGUGGAACGAUGGAGAGCACUGGCACUUCGUCUCCCGACCCUCACUCAUCUGCCGCAGCGCCUUCGAGCCGAGCUCUCCCUUUAUCACCCGUGACUGCUUCGCCGACGAUCGGAUCUCACCACGACUCUCAGUCUCCGCGACGCCAUCGAGCUGGCAGCGAGACAUACUAUGAAGACGUCGACCCUCGCUUCGUACAAGAUCCAGAACCUUACUCACAGCACCCCACUAAUCGCGAAUCUGGCAUCCCCGGCGCUCUGACACCUGGUCCUUCGCAGCCGCAGAACUACCACAGUGGACCAUAUCCGACUCAUCUCUAGACCAGAAACGACAUUCCGACAACUCAGCAUCGCCACAAAGAGCCCUUUCCCAAGCCGGCUCGGACGUUGCAUCAGCCCAAUAUCCUAGCGGCUUUCUCGAGCCCAUUCCCGAUGGAGCCAGGAGUCCAGGCGAGGCUUCAGAGUCCUCUCACUUCACAUCUGUCAGCCAAAGAGGCAUCAACCCCAAUUGGCGACCAGGACCAGGAGGACAAGGAGGCGGUCACUUCAUCGGACCAGCAGCAUAUCGAGGCCCUGGCAACAGUGGUGUCAGCUCAGCGAGUGCGGCUAUGAGGAGGAAAGAAGAUGUCAUUCUCUCAGCAAAUCCCGACUUCUCCCUACCCGGUGUGGGCAUCUCCAGUCGUGGUCGAGGACGUGGUCGAGGGCGAGGCAUGAUAGCGGCCCCAAGUGGCACAGGCCUCACGCCUUCUGGAAGAUAUCCGACGCCAGAUAUCGGCAACCUUUAGUGCGGUGCCAAACCAAGAGCCGUUUGGACAUCUUGAAGACUUUUGAGCGUGGCGCAAUGACUUUUAUCACUUCAUUCUUGACUGAUUGAUUGAAGCACUUUGGCGCAUGACAUGAAAAUGUGCAUAGAUGAUGACUUGGGCGAAAAAGCGUCAUAAUAGAGGCUUGAAUCACGACAUUAAUGAAGUCAGAAUUUUUUUUUU